AUGUCGGCUCGACAAGUUCCAGGCCCCUUCGGAGUUGAAAAAGCGCAGGUAACCCGACUCGAAGACCUGGCUCUACAGCAUUUCCCCGGUUGGCUACGGUCUGAACGCAACAGAACAACGUCGAACUUUGUAUGGCAAUAUGGAUGCGACAUCCAAAACAAGAACAAACGCAGAUGGGUCUGUCAACUCUGUUUGGCAUGCACCCGAUCAAAAGUGGUCUAUUACGAUGCGGAGGGCCUUCAGAAUGUAAAGGACCAUCUUUUCAAAGACCACGGGAUUUGUGCUCCUCAUGGACAGAAAGCCGAUGACGCCGAGAAGCGGGCAAUCCAGAACAUGGUGAAGAAGCGGACCAUCACUGAGGCUUUUGGGCUCGAUCCCAAUAAAUCACAUGAACAGAAGAUUGCUGAUACCGUUAUCAGAAGUUUUGACAAACGUAUCAUCCAAGAGUUUGAUCGUCAUAAAGACCACGUCCGUCAGGUCCUACAGAAGGCGCCGGGUCUGAUACACAUCUCCUUUGAUGGCUGGACGGCCCGGAACCAGCUUGGGCUCUACGGGAUUGCCUGCUUCUUCCGAGAUGAGCGCAGUAGACCUUGCAAGAUCGUUCUGGCGAUCCCCGAAGCAGUCCGCCACACAGGUAGCUGCAUCGGCGCCGAGGUCCUCGACAUCAUUGAUGUCUUUGGGAUUAAGCACAAGACGGGAUAUUUCACGCUGGACAACGCAGCAUCUAACGACGUAGCAGCCGAGGUCAUUGGAGCUGAAUUGGGCUUUGAUGGACGGCUACGUAGAGGACGAUGCAUCGGUCAUACCAUCAACUUGUCUGCAAAGGCCCUACUAUUUGGCAAGACGGAUGAUGCUGCGUUUGAACAGCAGUUAUCGGGCGCUGAAGCGUUGAAUGAGGUUGAUUGGAAACUUGGGCUAUCCAAGGGCCCUGUGGGAAAACUUCAUAACCUGGUGGUUGAAGUCAGGAGCUCGAAUCGAAUCUGGAGUCUAUUGAAGGAGAUCCAACAACAGGAUGAGAUCGACCAAGCGAUAUCUAGCCCGGCCAAGGCUCAGCAGAAAAGGCCUCUGAAGCUUGUGGCCGACAACCUAACACGCUGGCUUUCACAGCUGUAUAUGAUUCGUAGAGCUCUCAAGUUGAAGAACGCUCUACGGAUCCUGGUGGUAAGGUUCAAAGCACAAUGGGAAGACGAGAAUAGGUCGAAACGUAGCCUCGAGACCCCGCCAGCUGCGAAGACAAGGAUGCCGAAACUCCUUCGCGAAGAGUCGCGCUUGACUGAUACCGAUUGGGAUUCGCUGGAGCAACUCGAGCGUAUCUUGACCGUCUAUGAGACGGUCGUCAAAGUUCUCGAAGGGGACGGACAGCUACGAAAUAGGCAACGAGGAUGGGUCGGCUCAUAUGGCAAUGUAUGGGACGUUGUACAAGGCUUCGAGACCCUACUAGAGACUCUGGAGCGUUAUAAGUCAAUGGCAGCGAACCUACCCAAUUCAGAGCAGUUCAGGAUAGGCAUCAAUAACGCCUGGUCUAAACUUCACGAAUAUUACAAGAAACUGGAUGAGACGCCGAUAUACUACGCAGCCUUGGCACUCCACCCAGCCUAUCGUUGGGACUAUUUCGAGACAAUGGUCGGCUGA